AGGAGCCGAGUCAAGCAUGAAGAGUUUCUCACCCUUAUUAAAGGAGGUGCCUCCUUGGACCUUAAAGCUUGUCCUCCUAAACCAUCUAAAUGGAUCCUGGACAUGACCUGGUUGAAUUUGGUGGAACUCAGCAAACUCAGACAGUUUUCAGAUGUCCUUGAUCAGAUAUCAAGAAAUGAGAAAAUGUGGAAAAUUUGGUUUGAUAAGGAAAACCCUGAGGAAGAACCCCUUCCAGAUGCCUAUGAUAAAUCUCUUGACUGCUUUAGACGUCUUCUCCUUAUUAGAUCCUGGUGUCCUGACAGAACCAUUGCCCAGGCCCGCAAGUACAUCAUGGACUCUAUGGGAGAGCGCUAUGCAGAAGGAGUUAUCCUGGACUUGGAAAAGACGUGGGAGGAAUCUGAUCCACGGACACCACUCAUCUGUCUCCUAUCUAUGGGCUCAGAUCCCACGGAUUCCAUCAUUGCCUUGGGGAAGAGAUUAAAAAUAGAAACCCGUUAUGUGUCCAUGGGCCAGGGCCAGGAGGUCCAUGCGCGCAAGCUCUUACAGCAGACCAUGGCAAAUGGAGGAUGGGCACUUCUGCAGAACUGCCAUCUGGGGCUCGAUUUCAUGGAUGAGCUAAUGGACAUAAUUAUAGAAACCGAGAUUGUACAUGAUGCUUUCCGCCUAUGGAUGACCACCGAAGUUCAUAAGCACUUUCCCAUUACGCUCCUUCAGAUGGCCAUUAAAUUUGCCAAUGAGCCUCCACAGGGCCUCCGGGCAGGAUUGAAAAGAACAUAUGGCGCUAGAUACCUGCCUUUUUAUGUUAACAUAAUUUUGUCAUUUAUGGUCUUCAUGCUCCCUACCUAA